AUGUCAGUUAGUUUCUGUGUUGGAGUGGGAGAAUCACCGGAUUCGCAGCAUCAAGGAUUCUACUCUAUCCACAGCAAAACACUACAGGAGCUUUCUCACAAGUCUUCAUCUCCUUUUCCAUUUCCGUCGAUUCCACUGAAGUUGCCAAACGGCGUCCCAAGUCUCUAUGAAACGGUUGUUACGGAUACCGUCAACAGCAAGGGCGAACGGGAGUGUGUGGAGUGCGCACGUGCGAGAGAAGCGGUCAUGGCAUGUCUGACAGCUCGAGCCGGAGGUUUGGCCGACAACAACAUUGAUACGUUGUUGCUGUAUAUCCUUCAGUCUUCGUUGGCACCCAUGCGGGGCAGAGUGCGGUGCAGUCGUGUGAGUUUACCUGUGCUAAACAUGGACAGACUGAGAACGGCCAAAGCCCUGGUGGACAAAGCUGUGAAGGAGAGGAAGGUUUUCUCCGUGCAGGGUCCAUACCCUGUCAUCCGUGCAGCGUUACGUGCUCGUGGGUGGGUGGAACGUCACCUGCCGCGACCGUCUCCCCCAGGAGGGCGUCGCCACGGAGACCAGGAGACAGAAGGGGACAUUGGAGUCCACAGCAGUGAUGACGAUGAUGGAGGAGUGGAAGGAGAGAGGGAUGAUGACCCUGAUGGCCUGUGUGCCCUGAUGUCUCGCUUGGUACGAAAUGAAACCACGUACUUCUACUGGACAACACGGCGGGACACGGUUGACUGCCGCUCUUUACAAAGGGACCAGAUGACCAAUCAUUAUGCAAGGGCGGGGUCUUUCACCACCAAGGUGGGUUUGUGUAUGAGCCUGAGGAACCUGCGAUGGUUUGAUGCAGCAGAUCCCGACACCUUUUUCCCACGCUGCUACAGACUUGAGGCAGAGGAUGAGAAGCAGUCUUUCAUUGAGGACUUCAGACGGACAGCGUGCACCAGUCUGUUACAGUUUGUCGUGGAGCAGGGUGGAGUGGAGAGAGAGGGGGAGAGAACACACACACUUAAGAUACAACAUGCUCAGAGGAGGCAGCGUAAGCAGUGGGCCCAUCAGGGGGUGGGGCCAGAUUUGAUUGACAAUGCGCUACACGUGUGUCAAGAGUAUCUUAACAGCCUGGAACACUGUGACAUCGACACUGCUAUGGAAACACCCCCCACUAUGUCAGAGCAACAGUGGGCGGAGUUUAUCCACAGUUGCUACAGAGUGGUCCAUGAAGGAGUGCUAAUAGAGAGCAGUGGUGUGUAUGUGGAGCGCUGUAAGUCAGUUUUAAACAGAAUGCAGCAGGUUUGUCCACAGCUGGAGACGGACGGACUCCACAACAUCUGGAUCAUAAAGCCAGGGGCUAAAUCACGUGGCAGGGGCAUAGUGUGUAUGAACAGACUGGAUGAGAUACUGCGGUUAGUGGAGGGGGACUCUGCUCUCAGUAAGGACAGUAAGUGGGUGGUGCAGAAGUAUGUGGAGCGCCCCCUGCUGGUCCACGGCACUAAGUUCGACGUGCGGCAGUGGUUCCUGGUCACGGACUGGAACCCUCUGACUGUGUGGUUCUACAGAGAGUGCUACCUGCGGUUCUCCACUCAACCGUAUUCCACACAUAAUCUGGACAGUUCAGUCCACCUCUGUAAUAACUCCAUCCAGAGACACUUUUUGCCAUGUUUGGGGCGGGACCCAUCUCUGCCCAUGGACUGUAUGUGGUCGUGUGCUGAAUUCAGAGCCUGGUUGGCUGGAUCGGGUCGUGAGUUUUUCUGGGAGAAGGUGGUGGUUCCAGGGAUGCAGAGGGCUGUGAUCCAUACCCUUCUGACGGCUCAAGACAGCGUGGAACCUCGCAGGGCCAGCUUUGAACUCUAUGGUGCCGACUUCAUAUUGGGUCGCGACCUACGACCUUGGCUCCUGGAGGUCAAUUCGAGCCCAACCAUGACCCCAUCGACGCGUGUCACAGCCCGACUGUGCCCAGCUGUGCAGCGGGACACACUCAGAGUGGUACUGGACAGACGCAUGGACCGCAACGCAUGGACUGGAGGAUUUCAGCUCAUAUACAAACAGGCUGCUGUGGAGGUGCCUCAGUAUGUGGGCGUAAACCUGCUCGUGGAGGGAGCUCCAAUCAGACGGCCCCGUCUUUUACCUCGCAAACCCGUGGACCAGUCAGUGAUGGAGACUGGUAACAAACCAUCCAAUGAGAAGCCCUUAAUGACAAUCAGGCAGUGCCCCUCUGGCAAGAAGAACCAAUCAGUGAGGCUGAACAGGGGACGUGAGGGAGCAUCUCUAGGGCGUCGGCCUGCACAGACCGCGCGUAAAGUCACCCUGGAGCAUACUCUGACCUUUCACCCCGACCUAGGGAGACGACCCUGCAGACUUGCCCUAGCCACAUCCUCCUGCAUUAUUUCUCAUUCUUUUGACCAGUGUCUUCCCAGCGCACACAAACACACUCACACUCACAGCUACAGACCGACACACAAACACACUCACACUCACAGCUACAGACCGACGCACAGACACACACACUCUCGGAGACCAAGGCGCUGUUCACCAUCUCUGUACCAUCCAUCUCCCUCACUGGAGAUCUUCAGCCUUCAGCUUACUCACACACCCAGUGAAACCUCCACGCAGGACACACACGCACCCAAUCACACACAUCUCAGAGACUCCACUCCCAUCCCUGACCCAAUCCUCCGAAUGCACCAGUACCUCUCACGCCUGCGCAGGCAUGACACAGCCACCUGCACCAGCAGGGAAGGACCCCAGUCUUCCUGA